AUGCAAGCCGCCCUUCGCCAGCUUGUCGGGCGGAUCGCAGAGGGGGCCUCGACUGGCCUCGUCGUGUGGGCUGGGCGGCCGACUUGCCCCGCGUGUGAGUGCUCGCCAGUCCUGAAGUGUCCGCCACUGACUUGCACGACUGGCGACGUGGCCCACAUCUCGCCGGUGACGCCGCUCACGGUUGCGGUCCUCUGCGCUGGCGUCGCCUUGCUGUCCUUCUUCACGGGCCGGCUGACGCGCUGGGGAGCUAAGGGCGGGCGGUACGCCGACGACCUGGACACCACUGCUCGGGCCCAGGUGGGCGACUUCUGUGUGGUGCGCUACAACGUCCCAGGUGUGCCCCUGUACCACGAGAGGCUGGUUCACUACCUGCCGUUGGGUGCCGGGCUGACCGUGUCCAUCACCACGCCCGAUGGUGACGAGUACGAGGAGGUGUGGGGCCUGCCCGACAUCGUCGAGUGGGAACCGCUGCCAAACCGACAGCCGGGUGGCGUGUUGAUGGGUCGGCCAGGAGCGCGAUACUAUCGGUUCAGAGCUGGUGCGAUGCCGACCGCCGCGAGCCUCACGGCGUCCGCUGUGGCUGCUGCCGGGCGCCUGGGCCAGCCCGCGCCAGGCGGGCCCUUGGUGCCAGCCCUCGGCGGGCGCCUCGUCGGGCCGCCGGCGGGAGGUGCCGCGCCUGGCGCGGUCGAAGCCGGAGGCGCCGCGGCCCCGCUUGGCGGGGCACCCGGCGCGCCAGCGGCGGCCGCGGCAGCUGCGCCGGGCGGAGUGGCCCCGGCGGCGGGGCUUGGCGGCCUGGUGGCGGCGCUCGGCGGCCCAGCGGCAGGAGCACCAGCCGGCGUGCUGGUUCCAGCCCCGCUGCCCGCCCCCGCUGCGGCCGGCGCCGCGGCGGUCGUGGCUCCAGGAGCCGACGGAGUGCUCGCCGCCGCUGCCGCCGGGGCCCCAGGGGCCGCCGCCGCCCCCGUGCCCGCGGACGCGGGCGCCGCCGCAGCCGCCGCGGGCCCGCCCGCUGCGGCGGGAGGCGCGCCCGCGGGUGGUGCGGGUGCUGGCGGGCAUGUCCAGGACGCGAGGGUGCUCCCGGUGGUGUACGACGCCAUGGGCAACCGUCGGCGGGAGUUCCGCGAGGCGGUGCUGGCCUGCCGGGAAGACCCGUGGGCGGGGUGGCCCGUGCGCGGGCCGCGCACCGCGCUCUGGGUCCUGCGGUACAUCGUCGACCACGGCGGGACGCCGACGGGGAUGCACUCUCGGUGGCGCAGUGAGGCCCGCCUCCAGGAGCACGAGCCCGGGGUGCAGGAGCAUGAGCGCUCGUGCCGCGCGCUGGAGGAGCUCAUCUGCUACGACCAGUGCAAUGGCGCGAACCUGGCGGCCGUGGAGCUGCUCGUGCGGAACAUCCAGGUGCAGCAGGAGAGGUACCGCGACAGGAGCGCGGGCGGCUCAGGAGGCGGUGGCCCCGACAGCGUCGACACUCACCUGUACAUGGGCAGCGAGCUGACACGAGGCGGCCGGCGCGGCCCCCUGACUGAGACGCCUGUGGACCGCGGUGCCUCUACCGGUCCGCCGAACAGAGAGGUUUUUGACAUGCUGGGGCAGAGUGCCCGCCAGCGCGACAUUUUUCCGCUGCCCCCGCUGCGCCGAGAUCACGUCGGCGCGGCGGGCCGCCGGGACCUGUCCAGGGUCACCAGGCGGCGUGGUGAGGCUACCAAGCACAUCCUCGAUUGGGGCGACGACUGCAUCGACGCCCUGAACGAGUCCAUUUCCUGGCCCUCGCCCGACGUGCAGCCCGUCCCGCUGUGCGCCUGCCUGGGUGAGGCCGAGUCUGAGUGGCUGGGCCGCUGGCAAAGCACCUUGCUCAGGCCAGAUCAACCUACAGCAGCCGAACGUGCUGAGUUCUGCCCGGCUGGGCCUUUUUUUGACCCCAGUCUCUUCAGUAAGCCUCUGCUUUACGCCGAUUUUGUCGCCAAGCUGUUGGCCCGCGGCAUGGCGGAGCUGAAUGAGGACUGUGAUGCGGCCACCGUCGGCUGCUUCUUCGUCGCGAAGAAGAACAACAAGUUGAGAGUGAUAUUUGAUACGAGGUAUGCAAAUCUAUUCUUCGGGCGACCAGCUCGGACCGCUUUGCCGACGGCUACAGCGCUGGCGGCCUUCGAGAACCCAGGGCGCGACACUUACAUUGCCUCGGGCGACAUCGACGAUGCUUUUUACAGGCUGCGGCUGCCCGACGGCCUGUCGUCCUACUUCAGGCUGCCCGCCCUGGAUGCCAGCCUGCUCGGGAUCACGCGCCUGGGCGGGGCGCAGCUCGCGCGAGGGGCGCGGGUGCAGCCCUGCGUUUGCGUGCUGCCGAUGGGCUGGAGCCACGCGCUGGCCCUCUGUCAGGGCGUGUUGCGGCGGGCCCUGGGCACCGCGGGGUUCACAGAGGGGCAGUGCAUCGAGGACGGGAAGGCCGGGGUCGUGGUCGGCGAGGAGGGCGCCCUGGCGGUCGCCGGCUACGUCGACAACUACGCUGCCCUGGGUCGUUCGCCGGCCAUCGUCGACCGGGCCGCCCUCGCCGUCACGCGCGUGCUGACGGAUAAGGGGCUGCUCACGCACGAUGAGGCUCCUGUGGACUCCGUCGAUGACCCCGACAAGGCCCUUGAGAACCUGCUGGUCGACAACCCCGUGGUCUUCGACGAGGCCGCCGUCGAGCGGGCGAGGAACGCCCAGCAGGUGGCCGCCUCCACGGUGCAGACCUUCGGCCUCUCGGUCCUCGAGUCCGCGGCGGUCCGCCCGAACGCGCAGAGGCAGUACCAGAACCGCCUGGCGACGCUGGUCCUCUUCUGCCGGACGUACCACCUGGACUGGGACAGCUGGGAGUCGCUGGACAACGCGGUCACCGCGCUGCUGAACCAUCAGUUCUUGGACGGCAAGUGCUCGGACCUGGGGGCGCAGCUGAUCGCGGCGCUGGCGCGCGUCUACCCGAGCCUGGCCGCGCGCCUGCUGCGGGAGCUGCAGGAGGUCCACAGCGACAUCUUCAGCUUCGGGAACUUUGUGAUGACCCACUUCACGGGGCUCGUCGAGCAUGGGCUGACUGGCCCGCUUUUCGACCAGGUCCCGGCGAGCGUGAGGAGGUUCGCUGCGAGCCUGGGCAGGGCAGUGCGCUUGCGAUCGCUGCUGUUCCUCGAGCUCUUCGGGGGUUGUGGCCGCGUCGCAGCCAGCGCGCAGGCCAUGGGCCAUGCAGCGCUCAGCCUGGACAUCAACGGCUCGCCUCUUGAGAACCAUCUCACCCCGACCUUCCUCAACAGGAUCCUGGGCUGGAUCGCGAGUGGGGCCAUCGCCAGGAUCUGGCUCGGCACGCCCUGCAGCACCUGUGGGCGGGCGCCAGGCGGGAAGCAUUGGACAGCCAUUGCUGCCGCCUACCCCGCUGCCUUUGCCAAAGCCGCCGCUGCCAUACUCGUGGAGAGUAUCCGAGACGGUCUUGAGCUCGCCAUCAGCGGGGACAAGCAGGCCCUCAGCCGCGUGUUCGCGGCGAACAGCUGCGAGCGCAUCGGCCGCCUGCGCCUCGUGGUCGACACGGUGCAGCUGGAGGUGUACCACACCGACCCCCGCUGGAAGCACCUCAUUAGCAGGGCGGCGACCAUUGAGGCCGUGCUGAAGGAGCUCGGCACCUUCCGCCAGUGGAGGCCGCGCGACGACGACAGCUCGCUGGCCAGGCGGCAGAUGAUCCGCGAGCUCAAGAGACGCCACGGCGGCGCGGACGACACGGACGGGGCCGAGUCUUGGCCCGAGGGCGAGGCGGACCAGGCCAAGCAGGCGCGCGAGGCCGCUCUGGCCGGGAGCAUCGCAGCCCUUGGCCCUCUCGGCCAGCUGCCCCUUGGUGGUUUCCGCCCGCCGCUGGAGCGGCCGCCCCCCGCGCCGGAGCCCGAUGUGGCGGGCCCUCUGUCGGCACCGGCCGCAUCGGCGACGUCGUCCACGCACAGGGAGGACGUGGUCUCCACGCACACGGUGGACGAGGAGGUGUCCGACCCCAACGCGGCGAGGGCGGACGCCCUGGACGCCCUGGCCCCCUCGAGG